AUGAAUUUAAAUAACAACUCCAAUGAAAGCAAUUACCAAAACAGACAUAAAAAUAACAUUCUAUUAAAUGAUAAAUACAUAAAUUUUAAAAUUUUUAAAAAGGGGGAAGAAUUAAGUGACCAAGAGAAAAUAUUUUUAAAAGUCCACACAUACUUAUAUGAAGGAAUUAUACCUAAAUGUAUCGGAAUGGGCAUUGGUGGUGGAUUUGUGGGUGUUUUAAUAGGUACAUUUUUCUUUAGUAUGCAACCAAAUAACAUAGACUAUACUUUAGGAUAUAAGGAACAACUUAAGGAGCAAUUUCAUAUGUUUAAACAAUCAAUAAAAAGCACCUGUCUCAAUUUUGCAAAAAUAGGAUUUUUAUUUUCCUUUUAUGAAAACUCUUUACAAAAAAUUAGAGCAGCAAAUGAUAUAACAAAUAUAUUAUAUUCUGGCUGCCUAACAGGAGCUACUAUUUCUUACAAAAAAGGAUUGCCUUCUAUGGUUGGUGGAUGUGCCAGCUUUGCAGCUUUUUCUGCUUUUAUUGAAAAAUUGCAAAAGUCUAAAAAAUUUUGA